AGCAAGAUUAAAUCGAAUAGGAAUAAGCGAACAUUCUGGGUCGUCGUUUAUGCAGAGAAUCGAGUGGAAGACGAUGCAAUAUAACGGGUCAAAAGUGGUCAAAAUCACGAAGGUUUAGUAUGUAGAUCACAAAUUUAGGAAGGAGACGCGAAAGACCAUCCACACAUGCAAGAAUGGGUGACGAAUCUGACGAUAUCUCCAGCUUGUACUCGGGAAACGAUAGUAAAAAGAUAUUGGGACACCCCAUUUUGCAUCUGCAUUUAUGCAUUUUAUGACGAAGCAACUUGCUUCUGGUUCCAUUGUACACAUUCAUCAAAUGUGACACCGGAGCCUCCGAAGACAUCCAGAGCACUUCCGAUUGUAAGAUCAACCUUCCCAUCACUAAGUCUCUUGACAUUAUCAAGAUCUUGAAGGUUUCUUCCGCCACCAGCAUAAGUGACCGGGAUACUACACCAUUGUGCUAGUUUCUCGACGAGUUGUUCAUCGAUGCCUUUUUGCAACCCCUCAUUGUCGGCUGCAUGGAUUAAGAACUCGGAGCAAUAUGGCUCUAAAGAUUUUAUUGAUGCUAGAAGAUGUAUGAGUUUUCAAUGACGAAGAGAGGAAAGAAAUGAAAUACUCACCCUCAUUCACCUCCAUAUCUGUGAUGGUUUGCCAUUUAUUCAUAGCCACAAACCAAGUAUCAUCUCUCUUUCGACAACUCAGAUCAAUGACAAGUUUUUCUUUAUCACCACCAAGAGAUUCCAAUACGGAGUUUAGUCGUUCUUGGGAGAACUUCCCAUUAGGAAAGAGGAAAGAAGUAAUGAUGACCUACUAUUCCCAUCAAUAUCGAACCUUCCACCUCUAAAAACACGAUAUAAACAUACCCUCUCAGCACCCCAUUCAAUCCACUGCCUAGCAUUUUCAUCCGUAAUACCACCUCCAACCUGAAGACCAUUCUUCCACUCUCCUACAGCUUGUUUCGCAGCCUCCUCAUUGCCAGGUCCAAGCAUAAUGACAUGAGCACCUGUAAGAUCAUUGUCCUUGUACAGUUUUGCAAAAUGACCAGCCGGUAAUUUCGAUACAUAGUUGGUCUUCAAGUCAGAUGAAGCAGUUGUUAAUGUACCGCCUACAAUCUGCUUCACCUGACCUGAAUGCAAGUCUAUACAGGGACGAAAUUUAGUCAUUGUGAGAAGUUUCUCGACGUGAUAUCUUGCUGUGUGAAGAUAUUGACCGACAAAUUUCUAUGUCGAAUAAUCCCAGGAGAAAGAAAAGAGAGAAUCAACUAAUUCCGAGAUGUAUUGUUGACCCUCUGCCUGUGUAACUAAAAUCGUGUUUCGUCUUCCACCAAAAUCAUAUCGGCAGAAUCCCGGCACAUCACCAUAAUUUUUUCUUAUCCAGAACAUUUAAUAUUCUGGGAAGCUACAAACAUCAAAUUUGCGAAAAUUACCAAAUCCCAGACAAACAAUCUUCAAGAUGCCUGCCUCACUCGGAAAACGAAAGCGCUCAUCCGCGACUAAUCCUACCAGCUCGAAACUUUCAAAAGUGCCUAAGACUACCCCAAUUAUACCAGAACCAGUAUCUGAACCCCAAUCGGAAGAAGAAGCUUCAGAUAGCUCUUCAGAAGGCGACGCAGAGGGGGAGGAAGAUGAUACUGAGGUUCUCGACCCCCAAGAAAUAUUCCGUCGUCAUUUCGAAGCACAGUUCAAACAGCUUCCUCCUACAACCAAAAAGCCUAAAAUCACUCCAAUAAUCGAGAAUCCCGACAAUGAAGACGAAGAUUGGGAUGGCUUAUCAGACAAUUCCGCCGAAGACGACGAGCAGGAAGAAAACGGCGUACAAGUAGUCGAACAUGUAAAGAAAAUCGAUUCCCGGAUCGCGGGGAUGAGUAAAGGGGAAUUGAGGGCUUUCAUGUCCUCCAAAAUCCCCAAAUCACGCCCUACACCCUCCCUUUCCAAACUUGCCGAACUACCAGCCGGCUCCGCAGACGACCCAGGCGCAACCGAAGCACUCAAUCUCAAAAACGAUCUCGCGCUCCAACGACUCCUCGAUGAAUCGCACCUCUUGACAUCGUCCUCCUCUUCCUCAGCGGCAAACUCCCAUGCCGUUCAUACUUUACAAGGAAAGAAUCGAUUGAAAGCCCUGGAUAUGCGUGUCCAAGCAUUGGGCGGGAAAACUAGUAUACAUACACAAGAAAGUAUGCCGAUGAAUAUGCGAAAGGGGAUAAUCAGGAAAGCGGAGGAGAAGGAGGAGAAGCGAAGGAGAGAGGCGAAAGAGAAUGGGAUUGUGCUUGAGACGAAAGGAAGAGGAGGAGGAAUUAGCGGGGGAAGGGAAAGAAGGAAGGAGAGGAGUGGGACAGGAGGGACUUUUGAUUCUGGUCCUGGGGUUGGAAGGAUGAGGGGUGCGACGUUGAGUUUAAGUGAAAGGGAUGUGGUGGGAAUUGAGGGGAGUAAAAGGGGUGGAGGUAGGAUGGGUAGGAAUGGGAAGAGGGGGGGGAGGGGGAGAGGAAGGGGGAAUAGGAGUUAG